GAUCUGUUGGCGAUUUAUGAGAAGAUAUGGCACCACGUAAGGCAAAAGUUGUUAAAGAGGAGCAAGUGACGCUCGGUCCCCAGGUUGCCGAGGGAGAAUUAGUGUUUGGGGUGGCUCACAUAUUUGCCAGUUUCAACGAUACGUUUGUUCACGUUACCGAUCUUUCUGGAAAAGAAACGAUUGUGCGAGUAACUGGUGGCAUGAAGGUCAAGGCAGACAGAGAUGAGUCGUCUCCAUACGCCGCCAUGUUGGCUGCUCAAGAUGUCGCUGAGAGAUGCAAGCAGAUAGGGAUUACUGCUCUUCACAUUAAAUUGAGAGCUACUGGAGGAAAUAGAACAAAGACGCCAGGACCAGGUGCUCAGUCAGCCCUCAGGGCAUUGGCCAGAUCAGGGAUGAAAAUUGGAAGGAUUGAGGAUGUCACCCCUAUUCCGUCAGACUCGACAAGGAGGAAGGGAGGCAGAAGAGGAAGAAGAUUAUAAAUUAUUUACGUUUAUUGACGUUGCCGAUUUAAAAAAAAUAUAAAUAUCCUCAAGCAAUUGAACAGUUAUGAUUUCUUUUAGUUAAAAAACAAAGUUAAAUGAAGCCGAGGUCGUAUCCGUGUGCACAUUUACAUGCGUGUGACGAUUUGUUGAAUCGACAUUAAACAGCAUGCCUAUGCCGACAAAACUUUAUUUUAGGAUAACUGAAAUAAAAUCUGGAGACGUUGUAUGGCGUGGACGUAUUGCAAAUGUUUAAGUAACUCGUUAGAUGGGCAUUUGACAUGCAAGUUUUAUGCAGUCUGUUGCCAUAAUGUACAACAGGCCCUAUAAAUUUUUAUAUAUUGAAUUAAGACUCGGAAAUGUAAUCAUUUGUGAGAAUCACCGCAUGUCUUGCGUUUGUAAGCUUCCUGUCUAAUUCAUAACUCAUAUUUCAUUGCCGCGCGCUCAAGCACAUGUUGAAAAAAUUUGAAUUUCAAACUUGAACUAUUUUGAAUGAACUUUGCUAUUAUUGAU